AACUAGAGUUACUCUGUGAUGCUGAGACAGACUUUGUGUCCAGAAGACCAAGAUGCGGCCCAUAGAACUGUAUUAUCAUUAAGUGGUGCUAACAAUUGUUCUUGUUUUUGCAUUGAUGAAUGUGAUUUAUUUUAUUUCAUAUUGGUUCAGACUGAGGAAUUGUAUUCAAACCAUGGCAUCGUCAUCACGAAGGGAGCACUGGAUUACACAAUUUUUCAGCCUGUGUUUGCUGAUAGGUAAAGGCUCCUCGGAGUUUUGCACCGCAAGGAUUACAGAAGAGGCUUUGAUCAAAGGAAGGUUGAUGGUUAUUCAUCUCGAUAAUAGAAGCUACACAAUCGCUAGAUUUCUCGGCAUUCCAUUUGCACAACCUCCCAUCAGUCAGAGGCGAUUCGCCAAACCGGAAUUCUUAGAUGUGCAAAACGGAACAAAGGAAGCUCUUGAACAUAAAAAUGCAUGCUACCAGCACAAAGAGAGAAACAGUCUAAAAAUGUCAGAGGAUUGUCUUUACCUCGACAUCUAUAUUCCUGUACAUUUGCCUCCUACAACAACAACAACAACAACAACAACAAAAGCAACUAGCGCAACAUCUAUGUCAACAAGUAACACAACUUCAAAAAAUAGUUCACCUGGAAAUUCCACGGAAGUGAACUUAAAAGAGCAGGAAGCGUCACGGGAUCUUGCAUCAAUUCUUCCAGCAAACAAAUCGGCCGUGCUCGUUUACAUUCACGGUGGAGCUUAUGUCGAAGGCAGUGGAGCAUUUUACGACGGAUCCAUUCUCGCAAGCCUCGGUGGCAUCAUUGUCGUGAUCAUCAACUAUCGUUUGGGUCCGUUCGGCUUUCUUAGCACCGACGACAACGUUAUACCUGGCAACCUCGGACUGUGGGAUCAGCAAGCAGCCAUAGAGUGGAUCAGCCGGUACAUUAGCAGCUUCGGUGGUGAUCCUUCCCGGAUAACCGUUGGCGGACAGUCCGCUGGAAGCUAUAGCGCCCUCCUGCAGGCUAUGCACAAACCAAACGACGGCCUCUUUAAGCGUGUGAUCGCACAGAGCGGAACACCUAUGUCAAGAGGCAGCCUCAGCAGGGUCGGCUACAACAUUACCCUGAGCCUGGCAAACUCCUUAGGAUGUGAGAUCAAGGAGGAUAAAAAAAGAAGCUUAGAGAUAAAGGCAUGCCUCAUGAAACUCAACUCCUCUGCUAUAAUUACUGCAACGCCCCCUUACUUAACAGCAUUAUCUUUGCCCCUGGAGCCCUCGCUGGACAAUGACUUCAUCACAAAUGAUCCUCGUGAAAUGCUUCAGAACAGCAGCACCCAGCCCCACUUUGCUCACAAAGAUCUGUUAAUGGGUACCAUAUCCGAAGAUGGAGAAGUCGCUUUUCGACUGUGGGCUUUGAUGCAGCCGAAUCCCAUCUCAAUUUUGGAAAACCCUUUUAAUAUGUCUGAAUUUGAGCGUGGUACGUUUGAAUGUCUGACAGAUAACCUGAAAGAUGAUGCACGACUCUACGAGGCUGCUGUCGCUACUGUGUUGGAUCGAUACAUUGACUGGGAAAAUCCGGAGAGCCCGACGUCCCUCGGUAACCAGUACGUUUCUUUGUUGACUGAUUAUAUUUUUCUGCUUCCUACCGUCGAUACGGUCGUGGCGCAUUCCAAGCGAUGGCUUGACAACGGAAGUACAGUCGAGCCCUCCCUUCAAGGCAACACGUACUUAUAUAGAUUCAGCCUGCCGACUACUACACGAACAUUUCCAAAAAGCUGGAUGCCCUGGUUCAGAGGUACUGCGCAUGCCUCUGACAUUCAAUUCGUGUUUGGCUCUAUCCUAAAAGAAAACGUCACCGAAGAGAGCAAGAAACUCUCUAAGUUCAUGAUAAAACGUUGGUCGAACUUUAUUAAAACAGGCAAUCCUAACUUGGACGAUGUUACCAAGACUUUUGCUAAUCAAGGACUUCAUGAUCAAUGGUUGCCCUUCCACGAAUCUGACCAGCGCUAUAUGGACAUCUCCUACACACCAGUACUAAAGAAGGUUCAAAUUUCAGGUGUUAGACAUUUCUGGAACGAGCUCAUUCCUUUACUGAAACAGCAAACGCGCGCUGUUCGCCAGGCGGUCGAGGCGCCAAAAGGCUGCGAGGACGUCACCACGCCCAAAGGCAACAGUUCUUCUCGCAACCUAGCGCACGGGCCGAUGUGUUUGAUUGUUGUUCUAUUCAUCUCCGCUAUCUUGACGGGGAAGCGAGAGAUUUAAGUCAUCGGCACUCGCGUUGGUUUUUAAAUAACACCUUUACUAAAGAUACACACAAGAGAUACAGUUAUCAAGGGAGACUAGCAUGGCUCAGAGUUUUGACCAGAAAGCAAAUAAUUAAAAUAGAUAAUGGUUUUACGGGAGAAAUGAGGAAAAAAAAAAUAGCGGGAAUAAAUUUUGUUUAUUUUGGUUUCAAAAUGAAAAGAAUUUCUGUUUCACUUCUGAUUAAAAAACUGCCUAUCCCCUCAAUGAGGAGGAGAAGGGGAGGGGGGGUGAUUUUGUACAAUUUCUGGAGCCUGGGCACGGAUAUCUAAAACGGCUCUAAAGAUUUUUCUAUAAAAUUAUAUAUAUUUUUGGGCAAAGAGUUAUUAUUUGAUUGGCCACAGAGAAAACUUGGUUUGAUCCGUGAUACUUUGUUAUAAUAUAGGCUAAUCUUCUUAAAACCAAAUUUGGUUCGGAAGGUCUAGACAAUCUAUAUAUUGAACACACAUACGUCAAAUGUCCGCAUGCCUUCAUUAAAGAGCAAAAUGAACAGACGCUCUGGCACAUCUUGCACACCGUCUUCUAAUUCUGUAUGCAUAGGCAUUUCACCAAACUAAAAACAUCUAUAUUAUAGAUCUUGAUCCAGUAUUCUAGUCUUAGACUACUGUCUUUUAAUGUUGUCAUGUUUAGAUCUAUAUUAUCAAACUAGGAUUUUAAGUAGUGUAAGUAAAUUUAUAAAUGCUCGUAACCAGGAAUUUUUAUUUUUAAAUCUUUCAUUCAUUAAUUAAGAACAAAGUAACCGCCUUUAUAAAAAGUCAUCAGCAUCAUAAAGAAGAAAUUGUCUUUAAAAAAUACAUUUUUAUGUUGCUUGUUUUGGCUAAAUUUUGUUAUUGUAAUCCUAUUUGGCACGAAGUAUUAAAAUAAUAACAAAGGACUAAUUUAA